AUGGAUCCCCGAGGUGGUGUAACACAAAUCGAGCUGGAGUUCAUGGUACACGAUGAAGAUGCAGAGCCCAUUGCCCUGCCAUUCCCACUUUUGGAGAAACUCGCAGAUUAUUUUUCUGACGAGUUGAUAAUUGGAAGAGGUGGCUUUGUGGUGGUUUAUAAGGCAGUGCUUGAUAAUGGCGUUCUCGCUGUAAAGAGGCUGUUCAAUACGCACAUGCAUGAGGAACAAUUCCAGGAUGAGGUGGAAUGUCUCAUGAAGGUGAAGCACAAAAACAUUGUACGGUUUCUGGGAUAUUGCGCCGACACACAAGGGAAUAUUUCGCACUACAAAGGGAAAAUGGUUAUGGCGGAUGUACAGCAGCGGUUGCUCUGCUUUGAAUAUCUACCUAAAGGAAGUCUGGAUGGUUAUAUAACAGAUUCACCCGGAGAACCUAACUGCAGAACGCGAUACGAUAUGAUAAAGGGGAUUUGUGAAGGGUUACAUUAUCUUCACCAGAAUAAUAUUCUGCACUUGGAUCUAACACCCGGAAAUAUAUUACUGGAUGAGGAUAUGAUGCCGAAAAUUACUGAUUUUGGAUUGUCAAGGUGUUUUGAGGAAGACCAAACAGGGGUCAUUACUAAAAAUGUGGCUGGAACGAGGGGAUAUUUGGCGCCCGAAUGCUAUAACAAGGAAAUCAUACUCACGCACAAGUUUGACUUAUAUAGUCUUGGUGCUAUAAUAAUAGAGAUAUUGACCGGAAAGAAGGGGUGUCAAGUUACUAUUGAGAAUGUACUUCAAAUUUGGAAUAAUACGAUGUUGGAUGCACUGCAGUGGGAUCAAAUACGAGUAUGUCUGAAGAUUGGGAUGGAGUGCACAGAAGUCGAUCCGGCAAAGAGACCAGCUAGUAUGAAGCACAUAAUCGAUUGGCUUGCUGAAAUAGACUGUAGUACGCAUGUACUGCAGUUACGUGCAUUAGAUUCAUUGAACGGAAGCAAUGGAUUGUUGCUGGACAGAAGAUGGGGACACGUGCGUGUUGAUAUAGGCCUCGAAGGCAGGAGAUUAGGCUAG